UAGGACAAACUAGUUUGGACUAGGAUGUUCUAGUUUUUCCUGACCACACUAGGAUAAACUAGUUUGGCCUUAUUGAUUACAGGCUGAACUGGUUUGGCCUAAUAGCGUUAGGAUAAACUAGUUCAGCCUGGUAGAAUUGUUAGGCCGAACUAGUUUGGCCUGGUAGCGAACGGAUAAACUAAUGUGGCCGGGUUCAAGGUCAGGCCAAACCCAAGCAGCCGGGUGGUGGGGGUUGCAAGUCUCGACGUGCUCGUCGCAUUACAUUGUUUGCUCCUACCGCUCACUCUCUCAGUCAGUAUCCGCUGUGCGUGGAGUGCGAAUAUGAGUGCGUCUUAGUUGUUAUUUGGUUGUUCGUUGUGCUUUACACCGUGCUUUGGAGUGUGUCGUGUGGGAGUAUUAGUGUUAGUGAGCUAAGAGAGUGGUACAAGUAACGUAUACUUUAGUAGGUGGGACUAUGGAGGAAGAUUCUGUUAGUGGUGGGCAUAGCCAGAAAGAAUGGAGAGAAAGAUUCAUGACUACAGUUUUACAAAGUGAAAACGAGAAAUCAACACAUUUCAACGUAUUGACAAAAGAUAAGUACCAACAACUUAUAAAUGAAGUCGAAACUGCUGCAAACACAGAUAAGAAGACCCCGUUGCAGCAGAGACGCCUGAAACGAUUUGGUGUAAUUGACAUCGGAGGAGUAAAAAAAUUGGUGGCAGCCGGCGAGAGAAACCAAGACAUCAAGUACUAUUUGACGGUAGAUGAACUGUACGAUGUUAUCGAUGCUGCUCACGGGGCAGUUGGUCACGGUGGCCGUGAUAGAAUGCUUGCCGAAACGUCAAAGAAAUAUGCCAAUAUUACGAAGGAAGAAAUACAGCUUUAUCUGUCAAUGUGCCAAGUAUGUCACAUGAAAAAAAACAAAAAGAAACGAGGUCUGGUCUCAAAACCAAUUUUACAUUCGGAAAUGAAUAGUAGGUGCCAAGUUGAUCUUAUCGAUUUUCAGACUCAACCAGAUAACCAAUUUAAGUUUAUAAUGGUUUACCAAGAUCAUUUAACAAAAUUUGUUUUGCUUCGUCCAUUGCAAAGCAAAAGAGCUGAGGAAGUUGCCUACCAACUGAAUGAUAUCUUUUUAACUUUAGGAGCCCCGUGUAUUCUACAGUCUGAUAAUGGAAGAGAAUUUGUUAAUAAAGUUAUUUCUGAAGUAACACAGUUGUGGCCAGAGUUGAAAAUUGUGCAUGGUAAACCUCGGCACAGCCAAAGUCAGGGCUCAGUUGAAAGAGCCAAUCAAGACAUCGAAAACAUGCUCGCAUCUUGGAUGGCUGAUAACAAGACAACAAAGUGGUCUGAGGGGUUACGGUAUGUACAAUUCAUGAAGAACAGAGCUUUACAUUCUGGUAUUAAGCAAUCUCCUUAUAAAGCUAUGUUCGGCAUGGAUCCUAGAGUCGGACUUUCUACUUCAUCUCUGCCCUCUGAAAUUUUCAAAGAUAUAAACGAUGAGGAAGAUCUUAAAAAGGUUAUAAACAAUAACCUAACACCUGCAAGUGAAACAGCUGACGAUAUCUUAAUGGAAGAAGAUGAAAAUAUGGUUCAGACCCAUACCUCAACUGAAAAUAAAAUAAAAAAUUCAAGAAAAAACCGCUGCUGA